AACUUUUAAUUUUUUUUUCUUCCCCGUAUGAUCCGUAUUUAGAAAAACAAAAAAAGAAAGAAUAAUGCGAGUCUGUUAGUAUAGUAGAAUCAAAGUUCUCAAAGAUAAGAGUAAUCGUAGGCAUAUAACACUGACCCUCAGUAUCAAGUCGAUUAAAUAAUGGAUCGGCAAUGCAUAUUCAUUCCUAUAGAUUCUAUAUGUUUGACAUCAAGAAAAUUAUAUAUCCUCGAUCUCUAACAAAUGCUUUGUGCCUUUGAAACGCUAUGGACUUUUUCGAUCAUCCCUACUAUAGGCUUACUAAGAAAUUAUUAUCACUUGUAGGACAAUGGCCAUAUCAGGAAUCCAGUGAACGUCGUUUUCGUAGCUUCAUUGUAUUCAUCUCAUUAUUUAGUUUCUUAUCUACACAGGUAUUAUUGUCUUUUACUUAUUACGGGAACAUCGAUAUUAUUAUCGAAACUGUGGCACCUAUAUCAGCAGCAUUGAUUAGUAUGAUCAAAUACUAUACUCUUCAAUUUAAUAGAGACAAAAUGAAACAACUUUUGGAUCAUUUAAUUCACAAUUGGAAAUUAUGUAGAACGAAAGAAGAAUUGGAAAUUAUGCAUAAAUUUGGAAAAGAAACAAAAUUACUUACUUUUUAUUAUACAAUAUAUAUAUAUACAUGCAUGACGAUAUUUCUUAUAUUACCAUUUUCUCCACGUAUCAUGGAUUUAAUUGCACCAUUGAACGAGUCACGUCUUAUGAAACCAAUAUUCAAAGGCGAAUAUUUCAUCAACGAGGACGAACAUUUUUACUUUAUUUAUUUUCACAUGAGUAUAUCUAUAACAAUCUCUAUAACAGCAUUAGUUACAGGAGAUAUACUCUUUUUGAUGUUCAAUUCACAUAUUUGUGGUGUAUUCGCAGCAGUUGGAUAUCGUUUGGAAAAUUUGUUAAAGAAUCAAAUUGAUUCCACAUCUUCCUUGGAUAAUUUAUCGAAACAUAAGUGUCACGAAAAUAUUCGAUAUUCUAUCAGAAAUCAUAAAAGUGCAUUAAAGUUUGCCGAACUCGUUGAAUCUUUUUACUCAGUAUCAUUACUUCUGCAAGCAGGUUUCAGUUUGACAUGCUUGAGUAUCUCUUUGUUUGAAAUGCUGAUAUUUUUGCAAAAUUCAACAGAAGCGUUUAGAUAUUUCAAUUUUGCAGUUGCUCAAAUAGUUCAUCUUUUCUGCAUGUGUUAUCCUGGUCAAAGAAUGAUAGAUUAUAGCACCGAUAUACGUAUCAAAGCAUACAAUGGACUGUGGUAUAAAGCGCCAUUGUCAAUACAUAAAUUACUGAUACUGAUAAUACGAAAAAGUUUGAAACCAUCUUAUUUGACUGCUGGAAAAGUAUUUAUAUUUUGUUUAGAAACUUUUAUUAUACAAACUGCCACUUCAUAUUUUAUGGGAAUGAUUGAUACAUGUUCUUUUCUCUUUGGUACUAUAGAAUCAUAUUUUUGGAUACUCACUAAGAAAUUAUUAUCACUUAUAGGACAAUGGCCCUAUCAGGAAUCAAGUGAACGUCGUUUCCGUGGUUUCAUUAUGAACAUUUCAUUAUUUAGUUUCUUGUCUACACAGAUCGAAACUGUGGCACCUAUGUCUGCAGUAACAGUUUGCAUCAUUAAAUACUAUACCGUCCAAUUUAAUAGAGAAAAAAUAAAACAACUUUUGGAUCAUUUAAUUCACAAUUGGAAAUUAUGUAGAACGAAAGAAGAAUUGGAAAUUAUGCAUAAAUUUGGAAAAGAGACAAAAUUACUUACUUUUUGUUAUACAAUAUACAUAUAUACAUGCAUGACGAUGUUUCUCCUAUUACCAAUUAUUCCAAUUAUGAUGGAUAUCGUCGUACCUUUGAAUGAGUCACGUCCUUUAAAACCAAUAUUCAAAGGCGAAUAUUUCAUCAACGAGGACGAACAUUUUUACUUUAUUUAUUUUCACAUGAGUAUAUCUAUAACAAUCUCUAUAACAGCAUUAGUUACAGGAGAUAUACUCUUUUUGAUGUUUAAUUCACAUAUUUGUGGUAUAUUCGCAGCAGUUGGAUGUCGUUUAGAAAAUUUUUUAAAGGAUCAAAUUGAUUCCAAAUCUUCCUUAGAUAAUUUAUCGAAACAUAAGUGUCUCGAAAAUAUUCAAUAUUCUAUCAGAAAUCAUAAAAGUGCAUUAAAGUUUGCUGAACACAUUGAGUCUUUUUACUCGAUGUCAUUACUGAUACAAUCUGGCUUGAGUUUGAUAUGUAUGAGUAUUUCUUUGUUCGAAAUGCUGAUAGUUUUGCAAAAUUCAACAGAAGCGUUUAGAUAUUUCAAUUUUGCAGUUGCUCAAUUGCUUCAUCUUUUCUGCAUGUGUUAUCCUGGACAAAGAAUGAUAGAUUAUAGCACCGAUAUACGUAUCAAAGCAUACAAUGGACUAUGGUAUAAGGCGCCAUUGUCGAUACACAAAUUAUUAAUAUUGGUAAUGCGAAAAAGUUUGGAACCAUCUUACUUAACUGCUGGAAAAGUAUUCAUAUUUUGUUUAGAAACUUUUGCAACGAUUUUACAAACUUCUACUUCUUAUUUUAUGGUAAUUUCAUCGGUCCAUUAAUUAUCCAAUACAAUAACAAUAUUAAUAUUUUAUAGUUUUAAAAUAAUUUAAAAUAAUUUUAAGUGAUCAUAUUCUAUUUAUCACUAAUUUGUGUAUUAAAUUGUAUGUAAAGAAAAAAAAAAAAAUGGAAAAAGUAAAAGAAAAAGAAAAAAAGAAACGAAAAGAAAAGAAUUUACCUUCGAGUAUGAUCUUCGAUUAUUCUCUUUUCGACGAAAAAGAAUGCAAAGUAGUAAGUAAAAUAAAAUGACAAUUCAAAGAGACUAGAAUAUAAUAGAUAUGUGCACUCGUCAAAAGAAUCUGUAUAGUAUGGAAUUGAAUAAUAAAUUCUAUGACGACUUACUCGUUCCUAUACAUUCGACGCUUGACACUAAGAAAAUUAUAUAUCAUUCGACC